AUGCGGUUGGGACAAGGAUCUGGUCAUGAUGCUCGUUUGAAAAGCCUCUCUUUGCUUUCACCUAUCGCAGUUGUCCGUCCCAAAAAUUAUCCCAAUGUUCAGUGCUUGCGGGUCUUCAGUAAUCAACUUUUCCUACCUCCUAACUGUAUACACGUACUGCAAACUGGCAAAUUUUGGUCAAUAACCAGUAGGAUAGGCAGCACCGAAGAAAUCUGUCAGAUUUGGCUUAUUCGAGCAGCGAAAAUGAGACGUCUUCAGGUGUUUGACAAUCGUUGUCUCAGAACCACGGCUCGUGUGGGUUGGUGUCGGCGAAACCGUAACGAGACAGUUAGAAAGCGCAGUUUCGGUUUCCAACGGGUACUUCCAUUGAAGAAUGUGUCCGGAACCAGAAGCUGCGUUGGUUUGGACAUGUUUUACGCAUGCCGAACCAUCGUUUGCCGAAGAGAGUGCUGUAUUUCCGUGUCCAGUUCAGAGUGGCGUAAACAGAGAGGUGGUCAAUCCUUGACUUGGCAGAGGAAUAUGAAGAAGAUCACCAAACGCUUGGGUGCUGUCGGUGCUACUCGCCUUCCAGGAUGGGGACCGCGUGAUCCUCAUUGUGCCUGGUUGGAGACACUACAAGAUAUGGCUGCCAACCGAUUUCCCAAACGUUCGAUUGCGAAACGACCAGACGAGAAUUGA